UCAUGUCGAGGAAUAUGCUAAACAACGACAAGAAGCUAAUGCUCUUAAGUGGGAAAUGAAAGAAGCUAAGAAAUUUGGUUUAAGUUUAGAAGAAUAUCAAUCUCAGGGUAAAUACAUUGAGAAAGCUAACAAGGACGAGAAGACACAUUAUCCCAAGCAAACAGGAGUAGGAAAGGAAGAGGAGGAUUCUGCUGCUGGACUUGGAGCUUUUAAGAAUGAUGAAAAUGAAAAGGAUAAGAUGUCAGAGUGCAUGAUGCACAUAGAAUCUGGUGUGCCACUCAGUGAAGGAAGAAGACAAAAAGAAGAACAAGCAUAUGCACUAGCAAGACAACAGAGUCAACAUGGUGAUAGUGGUCAAACUGGAUAUGAAGUUAUUGAAGGGUCAGAAGUAAAGCCUCAUGAAGAAGAAUACACUAGCCUCCCUUCAUCUGAUAGUAAUUAUUAUCAGCAACACUCUCUUGAUCCUAAUCAAUAUCCUCCUGCAAGUCGUCAUGAUCAGUAUCCUCAUCAUUCUGAUCAUUAUCCACUCAACCAUUCUUCUGAUCCUCAUCCAAUAUUGUCAUCAUUAAAUUUACUUGAAUCUGAUGAUGAUCCUGAAACUAAUUUUACUAAGGAGAGCUUACACAAGCUGCAAAAAGAGAAGCCUCAGUCUCUACAAGAUGCUAUUAAUCAACAGCCGCACUCGUUUGAAGGUAUCAUAGCCAUUCAUCAACAGAUGCAUUCUGAUAUAACAUGGUAUAGUACCAACUUUGAUCACGUCACCCAACGCUGUAAAGAGCUGUUUGAUAAUCUGGAGGAAAGAAGAAGCAGCUUUAGACAAAAAGCAAGUCAAUUACAAGAAGUUUAUAAACAGAAUAUAGAUAGAAUGAAAAAAAUGAAUGAAAAUUUAACAUCUCGUCUUCGUUCUCUUCAAGAUUCACACAAUAGCCUCAUAAAAGAACAUCAGGAGCUUCAAAGGUCACAUGACACCCUCACAGCAAAUCAUCAGAAGCUUUUGAAGUCACAUGAUACCAUUACAGUUAAUCAUCAGAGGCUUAGAAACUCACACACUAGCCUCAGGAAGGAACAUCAGGAGCUUCAGGAAUCAAAUGCAACGCUCACAAUUUCUCAUGAAGAGCUUCAAACAUCUCAUGAUAACCUCAGAAUCACUCAUCAGCAGGAAGUCACUCGACACCAAAAGUCACAGGAAGAGAAUGAGAACAGACUACAAGAGGUUAAUCAAAGAUUAGUUCAAGCACAGAUAGAACUAGCAGCAAAACAAAAUGAAGUGACUAAAUUACAAAAUACACUACAAAAAUUAGAAGAUAAUUGGAAGGUCAGUCAUACAGAGGUAUCACUGUCAAAGAAAGAGCUAGGUAGAGGAGGCUGGGGUGUGAUCUGGAUCGGAGAGUUUAGAGGACAAAGAGUUGCUGUGAAACAGAUGCACGAGCUGAUUAAAAGUGACGAAUAUAUGGAGCUCCUUCAUCGAGAGAUCAAUACAAUGUCUCAGUUGCGUCAUCCUAAUCUCCUCCAGUUUAUAGGAGCUGUGUUAGAUCAUCCAUCAGGUAAUCCUAUGAUUAUCACUGAAGUAAUGGAUACUUCAUUACGGAGUACCUAUGAGAGGAAGGAGCUCACUACUGAUCCUGGCUGUAGACCAGUAAUCCUAUCUAUAAUGCGUGAUGUAGCUGUGGGUUUAAACUACCUCCACUGUCUACCUGAUCCUAUUAUUCAUCGUGAUGUCAGCAGUGCUAAUGUACUACUGGAAUCAAAGGGACACAACAAAUGGAAGACUAAGAUAUCCGACUUUGGAUCGGCUAAAUUCGCUCGUGCAGCAGUUACUGCAGCACCAGGAGCAGCUGUUUAUAGUGCUCCAGCCACUCUCGCAACCAUUCAUAGAAAGAAGAGAAG